AUGUGGAAGAAUAAUCGCUUUUUACUCUCCGGAGCAACAUUAUUAUAUGUUCUCUUGGCAGUCAUUUUACCGUUAUUGGCUAGUAAUGGUAACGGUGUUGGUUUAGCCAACGCUGAAGAAAAUGACACUGACUCAUACGGUACAGUUAUUGGUAUCGAUUUGGGUACCACCUACUCUUGUGUGGGUGUUAUGAAGAAUGGUAAGGUUGAAAUCCUUGCUAAUGAUCAAGGUAACAGAAUCACUCCUUCUUACGUUGCCUUUACUGAAGACAACGAAAGAUUGAUUGGUGACGCUGCUAAGAAUCAGGCUCCCUCUAACGUUGAAAACACUGUUUUCGAUAUCAAGAGAUUGAUUGGUUUAAAGUAUUCCGAUGAUACCGUUCAAAAGGAAUUAAAGCACUUGCCAUACAACAUUGCCAAGAAAGAUGGUAAGCCAGUUGUAAAGGUUGAAUUCAAUGGUGAAGAAAAGACCUUUUCUCCAGAAGAAAUCUCCGGUAUGAUCUUGACCAAGAUGAAGAACAUUGCUGAAGACUACUUAGGAAAGAAGGUUACUCACGCGGUUGUCACUGUCCCAGCUUACUUCAACGAUGCUCAAAGACAGGCCACAAAGGAUGCCGGUACCAUUGCUGGUUUAAACGUUUUAAGAAUUGUCAAUGAACCAACUGCCGCUGCUAUUGCCUACGGUUUGGAUAAGACUGACGGUGAAAAGCAAAUCAUUGUAUACGAUUUGGGUGGAGGUACCUUCGAUGUCUCUUUACUUUCUAUUGAAGGUGGUGUCUUUGAAGUUUUGGCUACUGCUGGUGACACUCACUUGGGUGGUGAAGAUUUCGAUUUCAAGGUUGUCAACUACCUUUCCAAGUUAUUCAAGAAGAAGCACAACAUUGAUAUUUCCAGUAACGCUAAAGCCAUCUCCAAGUUGAAGAGAGAAGCUGAAAAGGCCAAGAGAACCUUGUCUUCUCAAAUGUCAACUCGUGUUGAAAUUGACUCCUUUGUUGAUGGUAUCGAUUUCUCUGAAACUUUAUCUAGAGCUAAGUUUGAAGAAUUAAACAUUGCUGCCUUCAAGAGAACCUUAAAGCCUGUUGAACAAGUUUUGAAGGAUGCUGGUGCCAAGAAGUCUGAAAUUGAUGAUAUCGUCUUAGUUGGUGGUUCUACCAGAAUUCCAAAGGUUCAAGAAUUAUUAGAAAAAUUCUUCGACGGUAAGAAGGCCUCCAAGGGUAUUAACCCAGAUGAAGCUGUUGCUUACGGUGCAGCUGUCCAAGCUGGUGUUUUAUCUGGUGAAGAAGGUGUUGAUGACAUUGUCUUGUUGGAUGUUAAUCCAUUAACUUUAGGUAUUGAAACCACUGGUGGUGUUAUGACUACUUUAAUUAACAGAAACACUGCUAUCCCAACCAAGAAGUCUCAAAUUUUCUCUACUGCUGCUGACAACCAACCAACUGUUUUAAUUCAAGUCUUUGAAGGUGAAAGAGCCUUGGCCAAGGAUAACAACAAGUUGGGUAAGUUCGAAUUGACUGGUAUCCCACCAGCACCAAGAGGUGUCCCACAAAUUGAAGUUACCUUCAGUCUUGAUGCCAAUGGUAUUUUGAAGGUUGAAGCCAUGGACAAGGGUACUGGUAAGUCCGAAUCUAUCACUAUUACUAACGAUAAGGGUAGAUUGUCCAAGGAAGAUAUUGACAGAAUGGUUGAAGAAGCUGAAAAAUACGCUGAACAAGAUGCUGAAUUAAAGGCAAAGAUUGAAUCAAGAAACUCCUUAGAAAACUACGCCCACUUAUUGAAGGGUCAAUUAAACGAUGACUCUGAAACUGGUUUAGGAUCUAAGUUGGAUGACGAAGACAAGGAAACUUUGGAUGAUGCCGUUAAGGAAACCUUAGAAUUCUUGGAAGACAACUUUGAUACCGCCACUUCAGAAGAAUUUGAAGAACAGAAGCAAAAAUUAAUUGAUGUUGCCAACCCAAUCACUUCUAAGUUAUACGGUGGUGCAGCUGGUGCAGGUGGUGCAGAUGCUAAGUUUGGUGAUGAUGAUUCAGACGAUGAAUUUGAUCAUGAUGAAUUGUAG